CUUGUGAAGCGGGGACAUUGAGGGUCUGGUCCCACCCACGGGAGCAGCAGCCGGUCGGCCACCCGGUGGCGGCGGCGGUGGCGGUGAUGGCGGCGGCGGCGCUGAAGCGGGAGCGGGAGGUCGAGGCCGGAGACGGAGACGAGGCGGAGCCGGGGGAGGGUGAGGUGCCCUCAAAGAUGGCAAGAAGCCAUUGUCAGGAUGAGGAGGAUGACAGAAGUAGACAUUGUCCCUACCUGGACACCAUCAAUAGGAGUGUGCUGGAUUUUGACUUUGAGAAGUUGUGCUCAGUCUCCCUUUCUCACAUCAAUGUUUAUGCCUGCCUGGUGUGUGGCAAAUACUUUCAAGGACGAGGCCUGAAGUCUUACGCUAACAUUCAUAGUGUCCAGGUCGGGCACCAUGUCUUUUUGAAUCUGCACACUCUGAAGUUCUACUGCUUACCAGACAACUAUGAAAUCAUUGACUCUUCUCUAGAAGACAUCACGUAUGUGUUGAAACCAACUUUCACAAAACUACACAUUGCAAACCUGGACAAGCAAUCCAAACUGUCACGGGCCUACGAUGGAACCACCUAUCUACCAGGAAUUGUCGGGCUGAACAACAUCAAGGCUAACGAUUAUGCUAAUGUGGUGCUGCAGGCCCUGUCCAAUGUGCCUCCGUUACGUAAUUAUUUCUUGGAGGAAGAAAACUACAAGGACAUAAAGCGGCCACCAGGAGACAUAAUGUUCCUGCUGGUGCAGAGGUUUGGAGAGCUGAUGAGAAAGCUGAGGAAUCCCAGAAACUUCAAGGCUCAUGUAUCUCCACAUGAGAUGUUGCAGGCUGUUGUCCUGUGCAGCAAGAAACGUUUCCAAAUUACUAAACAGGGUGAUGCUGUUGACUUCCUGUCUUGGUUCCUAAAUGCACUUCAUAUGGCACUAGGUGGGAACAAGAAGAAAAAGACCAUCAUCAACAGUGUGUUCCAGGGUUCCAUGCGGAUAUUUACCAAGAAGCUGCCUCCACCAGACCUGACACCGGAGGAGAAAGAGCAACUGCUGGAAAUGCAGGAGUUCAAGGAAACCAUGACAGAGUCCACCUUCUUGUACCUGACCCUUGACUUGCCCACUGCACCCCUGUACAAGGAUGAGAAGGAGCAGCUGAUUAUUCCACAAGUUCCGCUCUUCAACAUCUUGGCAAAAUUCAAUGGCAUCACAGAGAAGGAGUAUAAAACCUACAAGGAGAAUUUCCUGAAGAGGUUCCAGCUGACAAAGCUCCCGCCCUAUCUCAUCUUCUACAUCAAGAGAUUCACAAAGAACAAUUUCUUCAUCGAGAAAAAUCCCACCAUUGUCAACUUUCCAAUUACGAACGUGGAUUUGCGGGAGUACCUGUCGGAGGAGGUUCAGGCGGUACACAAACACACCACCUAUGACCUGAUAGGUAACGUGGUCCACGAUGGGAAGCCCGGUGAAGGAGCGUACAGGGUCCACGUUCUGCAUCAUGGAACAGGGAAGUGGUACGAGCUGCAAGAUCUACAAGUUACUGAUAUCUUGCCACAGAUGAUCACCCUAUCUGAGGCCUAUAUUCAGAUCUGGAAGCGACGAGAAGACAGCGACGAAAGUCUUCCCAGUCAGAAAGGAGCAUGAAUUGGGACAGGGAGAAUCUCCUGACCAUCGGCAUCUUCCCCGUGAUGCUCAGAGCCGGUGUGGAGCUGACCCUGCGGAUGCUGGCAAUAUUUCAACCAAAGGCUGACCAUACCCAUGUUUGGCAGAUGCAGAGUACACGGACAUGGCAAUGAUGCAGUGAUUUCCUACCUCUGGUGUUCAAACUAACUUCUCCAAUACGGAGUUGUGAAGGUGUGCAGGGAUUUAGAUGAUACUGGGGGGGAAUCCCAGGGAUAUGUUGAUGGAACGAGUCCUAUUUGCCCGAGUCGGGCAAUAGCAGAAAUGGCCUGAUUUGCCCUGGAAAACCACCCACUGAUUGAAUCAUCUUUGUCUCUGCAUUCUGUUUGCUGGAAAACUGGCAGCGUGAAUCCCAGAGGAUGUUGCAAACCUCUGUUUUAUUAUGACCUUGCUUCAUCUUGCUCAAGCGGAAGCAGCCUUCUGCAUUGUGGCUGAUGUUUCAAAUGCUGCAAAGCUGAGGGGAGCUAUUUACUGACGUUGUAGAGUGCAGAAACCGGUCUGCUUUAGGCUGGGAACAUCAGUGCCCAUGUGAAAAUCUGUCUUAAUUUUGUAAUAUGUUUAGGUGGAAGAUCUUUGAAUACUGAAGGGGAACAGGAUCUGGGUAGGUUUGGAUUGGUUUAACUAAUUCUUGCUCUUUGUUUUAGAAAUUAUAACAGCAACACAUUUCUCAUGGUCGACUUCCUGGAUUAUUUUGUCAAUUUCUGUCAAUUGAGAUAAAUAAAAUUUUCAUUUAAG